ACUCAUGGAGCUGGUAAGUGAAAGGGACAGGCUGGCUGAAAGUCCCUCCGAGGGGGACAUCUGGCCCAGAUAUUCUUGGAGAUAUUCAAAGUCUAUGCCAUCUGAUCCAUUUGGGAACAUAAAAGACAACCGAAUCACAUCAUGGAUCACCCAGCCAUUUCUUUGGAAAUUUGCUUAUGAUUCGUUGGAUAACUACUCCUUUGGAACAUGUCAACAGAGGAAGCUCUUUCCUCAAUACUACCCCCCAAACUUGUUGGGGAACAAGUUUAUCCCUCUUCGAGGAGCGCCCCACAGAGGGCCUGGAUGUUACAUAGCAGAAGAUAUGUAUGGAUUGGCAUACAACCUCUCUAGGAUCCCAACCAGUAGAAAAGGAUAUACUUUUGGCGCCAGGACAGCUGUGAGGUUUAAGUCAAUCAACAAGGACAUGAUGCUUUACCCUGGCAUGUACCAGACUGCAUAUUCUUGGGAGCAAAAACACAAACAAAAUUUUGCUCCAUUUAAUACCUUCUUGCCUCGAUUUAGGACAGACUCAAAGGACACUUAUUAUCCUGGCCCUGGCACAUACAACCCAGAGAUGAAGUCCCCCAAAAAAAUCACCUGGCCAAUGAAAUUUGGAUCUCCAGACUGGGCUCAGGUUCCAUGCCUACAGAAAAGAACCCUAAGAACUGAGCUGUCCACUGACAAGGACUUCAGAAAGCACCGGAACCGAGUGGCCUACCUAAGCCUGUUUUACAACUGAGGAGCUGUGACUGCCUUCACGCGGUCCUCCUGACCACAGAUCCAGGACUGAGGACAGAGUCGCUCUUCCCCCUGCACUGCUGUGCUCUCUCCUCUGCCAGCAUGGGGCCCGGGGAGGGAGAGGGCUCAUAACUACCGUGUGAGAGGAGAAAGACCGCUGUAGAGCUCUGUCUCCAUGUGCUGGUUUGUCGUGUGCGUACGUACGUAGACGGGCCUGGGCGUUCCUGCCGAGUGUUCAGUGGGGUGGCUCCACUUUACCGACCUACUCGUGGGUCCCUGUCCUCACGCUCUCGUUCCCAGGUUCCAGUCUUAUGUAUUCUACCACUAACAUUGGGAAGAAGGGCUGGUGGCCUCUACACAUCAAGGAUUGGAUGGCUUCCUUGGGUUUGUACUUGGCCAUGCUACAUACAGAGGAAACAUACAGGCAGGGUAAAACAUUUCUAUUUUACUAUCUGUCCCAAAUUUCUGAGUUCCUGGCAUGGAGUAGACAGGUCCAGAUUUGUUGCUUUCCCAGACUGACAUUAAACUCACUGAAUCAAAAAUUUGCCACUUCCCCCUACAUCAUCUAUUUCAUUUGUCAGUCAUCAUAUGAAUUGAGUUCUUGCCAUGUAUCCGAAAGAGUGGCAAGGACUGGGGACAUAGCAGGAGUCAAAAUAACCUCCUCUACUGGUCUGGAAGCUACAGAAGCAGUGCCCUGGUGUAGAUGCAUUCAGGGAAUGCCUGACCUGCUGGAACACCCCCUCUAGGCUUCUGGAAUGCUCUUUCUCUCAACCCACAGAGGACCUCAAUCUUUACAUUCUGGGAUUAGAGCAUGUAUAAGAGAGAGAAAACAACAACCUGAAAAGUCAGGCCAAGGGAGAAAUGGCAUGGUAAUAUCCAAACCGAACCUUGGCGUGUCGAAGCUGGGGGCUGGAUCUCUGCUCCCUGCUCCUUGCUGGAGAGGACCCCCGGGUACAAAGAAGAAGGGAAAGGGCUAGGGUCUUUGUGACUUAACAGCUCAAAGCAGCGCUGCCUCAUCUCUGCUGCAGUCCAGCACAAAGGCCUCGGGACCCCCACUGUCUGCAUAAGGUCUGAGCCUGCAGGGGCCUCCUUAUCUCUGUGAAACUGGAGUAGCUGUACAGGCAGAGUACCAGAAAUCCAACCUAAGGCCUGCUUCCGGGUCUACAUUUGUCCAUUCCCAAGGCCCCCACGCAGCCUAUUUUGUUGUCAGAGCCCCCACCUGCUGUGGCCAAGUUCAGUGAAGUCAUUACUCACGAAAUCUUCUCAAAAAGAUAAUAUUCUUCCAAACAUGGCUUUGAUGUGCUGGCACACAGAAGGAGGCCUCAAUCAAAACCUCCCGUUAGGAUGGCGUGGAGAGCAGUUCUGGCAUUUCUGGUGACAUUUUCAUAGUAAGAAUAGAGUCAGAGUGGAGCUAAGAAGGGGGGAAGCCAAGAGCUCACUACUGUAGGUUGGCUCUAAUUCUGGUUUGGUGAGUCAGAUAGAAAGAGGUCUUUCAUAUCUGUUUAGAUGUUUCAGCCGUGAUUAUGAGCCUAGGAAAAUGGCCAGAGUUCUAGAGCAGAAGCUCUCCCAGGAACGAAGACGAUGCAUCUAGGGUUGAGUCUGUACAGAUGCUGCCACCUGGGGAGCCCCAGCUGCGGGCUGCGGAGCAGCAGAGGACCCCUGCCAGCAGAGCCCUGUUCCUCAAAUAUCGGAUCCUAGGUCUCUCCUCCACUAAAGCCCAGUAUGGGUCCCCUUCACUAGAGAAUCAGGUCCAGACUUUUAGCAAGGCCCUGCCCGUCUGACCACAGCCCGCCUCAGCAGCCUCACUUCCUGCUAUCCUCUCUGGGUACCUGUGUCCAGCCAGUUCACAUUUCCUGCUGCUCUACGACUCCUCAAACUGUCUCCAGCCUCCGUGCUGCCCUAUGCCAGUUUCUGCAUGAGAUGCCUUUCCUCACACUCUCUACCCAGUCAGUUCCUACUCAUACCUCAAGGAGAAAUCUAACACGGUUUCCUUUGUGAUCACUUCCCUUUUCCUGCCACUCUCAGGCACCAUUCACCGUAACAGCCUUGAUCUCACUUGUAUUGUCAUGAAUCUGGUUGCAUAGCAGGCAUUUGCAACACAUGUCAGAUCUGGGGAUUUAAAGAAAAAAAUAAUCAUUCUGUUUCCUCCAGAUCAUAAUCGAGUUGGGGAGGCAGAUGUGCAAUGGAUAAAAUACAGUGCACUCUAUAGUGCACUGUCAGUGGGACAAGGUGCUGUGGGAGGAAGGAAGGGGGAGUAAUUACCUCCAUGUGGAGUGGGGGCUGGUAGGCAGGGGACAAACAGAAAGAUGUCUGGGAUCAGGAAGAUUUUGCUUACACAAAUUGAGAUUUUGAUUAAUUAUUAUGAAUAAAUUAAUGAUACUUCACCAGUGAUGAUGCCAUGAGAAACAGUCAAAUGGAAGGAAAACUCUAGAGCCUCUUUUACAAUUAUAACCCAAAUAUAGGCUGGGGUCCCAUGUGGCCACUUUCUGCAUGAAUUCACAUUUAAAAAAGCACAUUAUAACUGCCAAAAACAAUUACAGGGGAAUUCCAAUCUUUCUACUCUUGAAGAACAUUAAAAAGCCUCUAAUUUGCAAGCACAGGCAACAUUUCUCAAAAUCUUUAUCCUACGUUCCCCUCCACAGAUGUUGUUGUGAAACAUCUCCACCAAGAAAUUCCAAAUUCCAAGUCUCUAUUGUCACCUCCCCCAUCCAUAGUGUCUAUCCCUUCUCUCUUCCCCCCUACCUCCCCCCCCUUUCUUAAAAUGUCCAUUACACCUCAUUUCUUUUGCCUUUUUUGACCCACUGGGCUCUCUCUCUCUCUCUCUCUCUCUCUCUCUCUCUCUCUCUCUCUCUCCUGCACUCUCUUUUUUUCUCUCCCCAGUCCCCCAGUCUCUAUCACAUAAGAUACAAGAAUCAGACGGGCAAGAUUUUUAUUAGUGUGAUGGGGACAGCAUGAUAUACUGGCAGGUGGGAAACACACAUAUUAAUCUUGUCCCCAUCCUACAAUGAUAGACAGUGUGGAAUAGACCUCAAGCUGCAGGGAGCUUCUGUGAAUUGCCAAAAAAGUCUGUAUCUCCCAUAAGAGAAACACAAGAAAGAAAAAGCAAUGUCCAAAGUGCAGACAUUAGGCUCCAUAAGAUAACAUCGUAUGUUGGUAGAGGGGAAUGAUGCGAUGCUGUGGAGAAAGGCACACCUCCGUCCACCACCAUCACCCGUGCACAUCUGGACUGAGAAUUCUUUGCAUCUUUCUUCCCAGAUACAUCUUUCUAAUUACAUUUCUGGAAACAAUUUUGAGUCCCAGAGCCACACCAGUUCUUAGCUCCCCAAAGGCAGCAUUACUGCAGUCGAAGAACCCACUGCAGAUGAUUGCUCAUAACCUACCAUGGAGGGCAAGUUCAGCUACUGGUCUUCCUGCCAUCAGAAAACCGCUCUGGAGCCAGAGGCUCUACUUGAUAGAAAAUCCCUAGGGAGCCAACGCCACGCCUCAUUUAUAAUUGCAUGCGUCCAUGGCUUGCACAUAGCAGACUUCAUCACGUGGCAGCACAAUAAAAGUAUUUAAUACCUUGAA